UGGGUGGGGGCUGAGCGGGUUCGGGGGCGAAAAUGGCGUCGUUCGUGGCUGAGGUGUUGGCAUCGUCGGGGAAGCUGGAGAAGGAGGAUAUCGGCACCAAGAUCAGCAAGCUGGCCCGCCGGGUGGAGGAGGUGAAGGGUGAAGUAUGUGACAUGAUCAACAAGAAGUAUGAGGAGUUCAUCCCAAGUUUAAAAAACGGAGAGGAUCUGGUAAAUCAAGUGGACGACAUCUCAAUGGAGAUAGAUGUUCUUAAAUCACAGAUCGAAAAUGAGGUAAGUGAAGCUAAUGAGAAUCCCACAGAAGUAAAUAGAAGAUUAGAAUGUUCAUGGAACUAUUUUACUUUUGCUUGCUAUCUUUUCCAGUUUGACACUGCUCUUGAAACACAUCACCAAGCUUUGUUAGAAAAAAACUACAUCAAAUCAGCUACUCAUCUCAAUAAAGCACAGUCCAACCUGACCCUACUAAAAUCAAAGAAAGGCAUUGAGUUGAAAAUGUUGCAAGUGCUUAGUACGGAAUUCAUUGUACAGAAGGAGAAACUGCUGUACCAUCUUGGGGAGGAGUGGAAGCAACUGGCUGUUUGGAACCUUCCCCCUUCACCAGCUCCUUCAAAAGCUGAAGAUUUAUUUGGAUGGACUUUGAAGACUGAGCUGCACUUGUGCAACAUGACAUCAAAGAAAAAAAGUGAUCUUGAGCCGCUGCUUGUGUCAGUACUUCAAGGCUUUGCUAUCCUUGGUGAAUUGACAAGGAAACUGAAAUUCUUCAGUCAGAUCUUGAUGAAAUAUGUAUUGAAGCCGUUGGUUCUUGAUCCUUCCUUUGAUGUUGAGAUUGAACUUCAGACACAGGAUGCAGUAUUACGGUUGAUUGCAGUUGAAAAGAAAUCUGAUCAUGCCUCACCAGCAGAUGUUUACCGGAAGGUGAUCGCUGUUUUGGAGUUCCUGCACCAACAUCUUCUUUAUGUGUCUCACUGGGAUUCUGUGGUAUGUGAUGUGAAGCAGGAUGCAGUCCUGACAGAGUUGCUGGGAGAUAUGAUAUGGGAGGAUUUAUCAGAAAUUAUCAUCAAGAACUGUUUAGUAUAUUCCAUACCAGCAAACAGCAGCCAAUUGGAUCAGUAUGAAGAGGUGAUAAAUGAAACAGAUAAGUUUGAGAAGAAACUGAAAGACAUGCAGUUUUUGCGGGAGCAUUCCACAGACCUGUUAAAAUAUGCAAGGAACGUGAAUGUUCACUUUGCCAGUAAGAAGUGCCAAGAUGUGAUAGUCACUGCCAGAAACCUGAUGACAUCAGAAAUUCACAACACUGUGAAGGUAACACCUGAUUCUAAGAUCUCCAUACCAAAGCUACCCAGCGUGGGGUUGGUCAGCAAAGCAAAAAUGCCAGAGACGUCUACUGUUGCUCUGAGUGACAUGGUGAACUUGGGAUAUGGAAAGCAGCUCAGCCAUCGGACUCUCUGCAUUCCGACCUGCCGUAUCAGUGAAUCUGUCCAGAAACUGAUCGAACUGGCUUACCAGACACUCUCGGAGGCCACGAGUGCCACACCUGAAUGUGCCAUGCAGCUUUUCUACACUGUGAGAAACAUGUUCCACUUGUUCUACGAUGUGGUACCAACCUAUCAUAAGGAUACAUUACAGAAGUUGCCGCAGCUGGCUGCUAUCCACCACAACAACUGUAUGUACAUUGCCCACCACCUGAUCACCUUGGGACACCAGUUCCAGUGCACCCUGCCAAGUCCUUUGUGCAAUGGAGCUGCCACCUUUGUAGAUUUUGUGCCAAGCUUUAGGCGGUUAGGAACGGAGUGCUUCUUGGUGCAGUUGCGUGUCCAAAGAGACGAGCUACUGGAAAGGUUGUCAAAUGCACGAAAUCUUUCGAGCUUGGAUGAUGUGGAUAAUUACACAGCUGCAAAUAAAGCAGUCCGGCAGGUGAUUCAUCAGUUAAAACGGUUGGGCAAAGUUUGGCAAGAUGUGCUUCCAGUUCAUAUAUAUUGCAAAGCUAUGGGGACUUUACUUAACACAACAAUUAUAGAGAUUGUGAACAAAGUCACAGUUCUAGAGGAUAUCUCCUCGGAAAGUGCAGACUGCCUCUAUUCGUUAUGUCGAGCUAUACUGGAAGAAGGUCCACAGAUCUUCCAGCCACUACCUGAAGAAAGUGGAAACAAAAAAUAUCAGGAAGAAGUUGCAGUAUAUGUCCCAAAAUGGCCGAAAUUCAAGGAACUAAUGAUAGUCCUUCAGGCCAGUCUGCAGGAGUUAGUGGACAGAUGGACUGAUGGGAAGGGCCCUUUCGCAGCAGAAUUUUCUCCAGUUGAGGCAAAAAACCUAAUCCGAGCUUUGUUUCAGAACACGGAGCGAAGAGCCACAGCGCUGGCAAAAAUUAAAUAGAUAUUGUUAUGAUUUUCUAUGUAUUAAAUGAAUGAAAUGUCAAUAAAUGUAUAUUUACCUUGUAAA